GUGUGUCUGUGUGUGUGUGUGUCUGUGUGUGUGUGUGUGUGUGUGUGUGUGAUCACUAUUUCCAAAAGAACUACACACAAUUUGGGAAAUGCCUACUUAAUUAAUUUUUCCUCAACUUUAACGAUCAAUCUACGCGUUAAAAGAGUUUGUGUUUUACUUCCUAAAGCUCUUCCAAAAUCAUGAAAAAUAAAAUGAGAAAACAUGCAGACCCUGUAACACUGAAAGUGCAGUAUAUAACAAAGUUAAAUACAGUAACACAACUACCUAUUACCUAUUAAGUUAGUUACUCAUUUCUUUCAUUUCAUUUAGUAUUGAUCUAACUCAACGUGGCAGAAGGUCACAUUCCUACAAGUUUAUGCAGCUUAAUGAUUAACUAUAUUCACCUGGCCACCUUGCCUUUUAUGUACCAAAUAGGGUAUAUUUAGUGUUUUAGAGGUCUAGGUUUGCUUAGAGGAGAAAACUAGCUCCAAACUGCAUAAGAACUGAAUAGUUAGGAUUCAAAAUGUACACAGUUAAGCUCUUUCUUUUUAUUGUCCCUCUAGUUAUUUCCUCCAGCACUGAUCAAGACUAUUCAUCAUAUGAUACUGUAUCUCCAGAGCCAAAAUUAAGAUUUGCUAUGUUAGAUGAUGUAAAAAUUUUAGCGAAUGGUCUCCUUCAGUUGGGGCAUGGUCUCAAAGACUUUGUCCACAAGACUAAGGGCCAAAUUAAUGACAUAUUUCAAAAACUUAACAUAUUUGAUAAGUCUUUUUAUGAUCUAUCACUGCAAACCAAUGAGAUCAAAGAAGAAGAAAAGGAACUCAGAAUCACCACAUCCAAACUACAAGUCAAAAAUGAAGAAGUGAAGAAUAUGUCACUUGAACUCAACUCGAAACUUGAAAGCCUCUUAGAAGAAAAAAUUCUACUUCAACAAAAAGUGAGAUAUUUGGAGGAGCAAUUAACUAAUUUAAUUCAAAAUCGACCUGAAAUUCAGGAACACCCAGAAGUAACUUCACUUAAAACUUUUGUAGAACAACAAGAUAAUAGCAUCAAAGACCUUCUCCAGACCGUGGAAGAACAAUAUAGGCAAUUAAACCAACAACACAACCAAAUAAAAGAAAUAGAAAAUCAGCUGAAAAAGACUGGUAUUCAAGAACCCUCAGAAAAGUCUGUUCCUUCCAAGCCAAGAGCACCAAGAACUCCUUCUCUUCAGUUGAAUGAAACAAAAAAUGUAGAACAUGAUGGCAUUCCUGUCGAUUGUACCACCAUUUACAACAGAGGUGAACAUACAAGUGGCAUUUAUGCUAUUAGACCCAGCAGCUCUCAAGUUUUUAAUGUCUACUGUGACGUUAAAUCAGGUAGCUCAUGGACAUUAAUUCAGCAACGAAUAGAUGGAUCACAAAACUUCAAUGAAACUUGGGAGAACUACAAACAUGGUUUUGGGAGGCUUGAUGGAGAAUUUUGGUUGGGCCUAGAAAAGAUAUACUCCAUAGUGAAGCAAUCCAACUACAUUUUACGAAUUGAGUUAGAAGACUGGAAAGACAACAAGUAUUAUGUUGAAUAUUCUUUUCACUUGGGAAAUCAUGAAACCAACUACACGUUACACUUAGUUGAGAUUAUUGGCAACGUUCCCAAUGCACUCCCAGAACACAAAGAUUUGGUAUUUUCUACGUGCGAUCACAAAGCAAAAGGAUACCUCGACUGUCCAGAAAGUUAUACAGGAGGUUGGUGGUGGCACAAUGUAUGCAGAGAAAACAAUCUAAAUGGUAAAUAUAUCAAAACAAGAGCAAAAACUAAGCCAGAGAAGAGAAGAGGAAUAUGUUGGAAGUCUCAAAAUGGAAGGUUAUACUCUAUCAAAUCAACCAAAAUGCUGAUCCACCCAACACAUUUAGAAAGCUUUGAAGGAACUGAGGCAUAUAAAAAACCAACAAAUUAAACUCAUCCCAAGUUACUGUGGCUCAAUAAUCUGAUAUUAAAUCCAUAAGAGAAAGUUUCAGAAAUAGAUUUUUUAUUUUAAAGCCUUUAUCAAUUUAUUCUAAGAUUAAACAUAUCAUCACUUCAAGGAAAACCAUUUACCUUUCUAUAUCAAAAUUUUAUAUCAUUUGCUCAAAUAUUUUGUGA